AUGGAAAAUGAAAAACCAAUUGCUUCCUCAGAGCCCGAAAAGACUUCUUUCUCAGAAGCAGAGAUAGAUAAAAGAACAGCUGAUCAAAAAGCUAUUGAUGAUUGGCUUCCCAUAACUUCUUCAAGGAAUGCAAAAUGGUGGUACGCAGCUUUUCACAAUGUCACUGCUAUGGUUGGAGCUGGUGUCUUGAGCCUUCCAUCUGCCAUGGCAAAUCUUGGAUGGGGUCCAGGUGUGGUGAUUCUGAUUUUAUCAUGGAUAAUAACUCUAUACACACUAUGGCAAAUGGUUGAGAUGCAUGAAAUGGUCCCUGGAAAAAGAUUUGACAGAUACCAUGAAUUAGGACAGGAAGCAUUUGGAGAAAAGCUUGGACUUUGGAUUGUGGUGCCACAACAAUUGAUAUGUGAAGUUGGUGUGGACAUAGUUUACAUGGUCACAGGAGGAAAAUCACUACAAAAAAUCCAUGAUCUGGUGUGUAGAAAAAAUUGUAAAUCAAUGAAAACUACUUACUUCAUCAUGAUAUUUGCAUCGGUUCAUUUUGUUCUUGCCCAUCUUCCGAAUUUCAACUCCAUUGCUGGUAUCUCCUUGGCUGCGGCGAUCAUGUCUUUAAGUUACUCAACAAUUGCAUGGGUGGCUUCAUUGAAAAAGGGAGUUCAACAAGAUGUGGCAUAUGGCUACAAAGCCACUACUUCACCAGGAACAGUUUUCAACUUCUUUAGUGCUUUAGGUGAUGUUGCAUUUGCGUACGCGGGACACAAUGUCGUAUUGGAGAUUCAAGCAACACUCCCUUCCACGCCCGAGAAACCAUCUAAGGGUCCGAUGUGGAGAGGAGUUUUAUUAGCUUAUAUUGUUGUAGCUUUGUGCUAUUUCCCCGUUGCUCUUAUUGGGUAUUGGAUGUUUGGCAAUACUGUUGCUGAUAAUAUUCUUAUUUCUCUUAAUAAACCAACUUGGCUUAUUAUCGCAGCUAACAUGUUUGUUGUCAUUCAUGUAAUAGGAAGCUAUCAGUUGUAUGCAAUGCCUGUUUUUGACAUGAUUGAGACCCUAAUGGUAAAAAAACUGCGUUUCAAGCCGACCCGACUUCUAAGAUUUAUUGUUCGCAAUGUUUAUGUUGCAUUCACAAUGUUUGUUGGCAUUACCUUCCCCUUCUUUGGUGCUCUUCUUGGAUUUUUCGGAGGAUUUGCAUUUGCUCCAACAACAUACUUUCUUCCCUGCAUUAUGUGGCUUGCUAUUUACAAACCAAAGAAGUUUAGCUUGUCCUGGUUCACCAACUGGAUCUGCAUUAUACUUGGCCUCCUUUUGAUGAUUCUUUCACCAAUAGGUGCAUUAAGACAGAUCAUACUCAAUGCCAAGUCCUAUGGUUUCUACACUUGA